AUGGAGGUUGGUAAUAUUAUGGGAGACCAGUUUUUACCAAACAACCACGUAGUAACUGAAAUAUCAAACACGGAAUCGGCCAACAGUGAACCAAGGCGUGACGGUUCUGUACAUCAUCAUCAUCGUCGAAAACGGUCCCACGUGUCACCACUUGCGCGGUCUAGACAGUCCAUGAAUUCGCUAGAAUCACCUCCAUACACAGAAUGCGGCCUUUCACGUCUGAAAGACCAUGUAGAAAUAAUAGACUCUGCUGAUGAAGAUAACGGUGUGGCUAG